AUGGGAAAGACCAAGAUAAGAGGCAGAAGGCAUCAAGAGAAACAAAAGAAGGACGAGUUUGAGCCUAUUUCAAAUGUUACAAAGGAACAUAUCCUGCAAGAAGAGCCUACCUACAAUGAUGAAUCAGUGAAUAAAGAGAGCCAGCCACAAAUGUUUUUUGGUGUAUUAGACAGGGAAGAGCUCGAGUAUUUUAAGCGAGCCGAAUCGACUUUACAAUUAGAUGCUUUUGAAGCACCCGAGGAAAAGUUACAAUUUGUCACAAGCAUUAUUGAAGAAGCAAAAGGUAAAGAACUCAAGCUGAUUACUUCCCAAAUUACUUCGAAAUUAAUGGAGCGUGUCAUUCUUGAAUGUGAUGAGACCCAAUUAAAAGCUAUUUUUCAAUCUUUCAACGGUGCUUUUUUUGGCUCGUCAUGUCAUAAAUACGCUUCCCAUGUUUUAGAGACUUUAUUCGUUAGAAGCGCUGCUUUGAUAGAAAAGGAGCUUUUAACACCAAGUUUCGAUAACGACGAAAAGGAGGGACCUUAUGUAACUAUGGAGAAUAUGUUUCUCUUCAUGUUGAAUGAGUUAAAACCCCACUUGAAAAUGAUGGUGAACCAUCAGUAUGCAUCGCAUGUUUUGAGGCUGCUAAUAUUAAUCUUAUCUUCCAAAACUUUACCUAAUUCAACUAAAACUAACUCUACCUUACGUUCCAAAAAGUCAAAAAUCGCAAGAAAAAUGAUUGAUAUUAAAGAUAACGACGAUUUCAACAAGGUUUAUCAAACACCAGAAUCUUUCAAAUCUGAACUUCGUGACAUGAUAACAACUUUGUAUAAGGGGUUUACCAAUGGUUCCGAAUCACGUUCUGUUGUUUCUCAAUCAAUCAUCACCAAAUUUAGAGAAUACUGUGUAGAUAAGGUAGCCUCUCCUGUGAUUCAAUUGAUUAUUCAAGUUGAGGGUAUUUUUGAUAGAGAUCGUUCCUUCUGGAGAUUAGUUUUUAACACAGCAGAUGAAAGAGACCCUAAGGAGGAGUCUUUUGUAGAAUAUUUACUUUCUGACCCUGUUGGAUCUCAUUUCUUGGAAAAUGUGAUUGCUUCCGCUAGAUUAAAAUACGUUGAAAGGCUUUACCGUUUAUAUAUGAAGGACCGUGUUGUGAAGCUAGCAAAAAGAGAUACAACCGGUGCCUUUGUAGUGCGGGCCUUGCUGGAACAGUUGAAGGAGAAGGAUGUGAAACAGAUACUCGAUGCAGUUGUUCCUGAAUUAAGCAUGCUUUUAAACUCAAAUAUGGAGUUUGGGACAGCCAUCAUUAAUGCAAGUAAUAAGCAUGGCGUUUAUUUGAGAGAUGAUGUCAUUGCUCAAUUGAUACAAAAAUAUUAUCCGGAAAAGUCCAACACAAAAAACAUCUUAGAAAGUUGCUUGUCAUUAAGUUCGUCAACUUUGGGUAAUACCAGAGAUGACUGGCCAACGGCAGAUGAAAGAAGGCGAUCAAUUUUUUUGGAACAAUUGAUUGACUAUGAUGAUAAGUUUUUGAAUAUUACUAUUGAUAGUAUGUUGGCCUUGCCCGAAGAAAGGUUUAUGCAAAUGUGUUAUCAUGGGGUAUUUUCACAUGUCGUUGAACAUGUACUACAAACUACCAGGGUAGAUAUAAUCAAAAGGAGAUUACUGUUGAAUAUUUUGUCUAAAGAAUCUGUGAAUUUAACAUGCAACGCGUAUGGGUCCCAUAUAAUGGACAAGUUAUGGAAAUUUACCGCAAAAUUGACAUUAUAUAAGGAACGUAUUGCCAGUGCAUUAGUAGCAGAAUCAGAGAAGGUGAAGAAUAGUAUUUAUGGCAGACAGGUUUGGAAAAAUUGGGGACUGGAACUAUAUGUUAGAAAAAUGUGGGACUGGAAGAGAUUAAUUAAGGAGCAAGAAUUUGAAGUCUUCCCAAAUUCAAAACCACUACAACCAAAGUCAGAAAAACACUUCAGAGAGAGAAAUAAUUCGAAGGAAAGAAACAUCUCGAAGAAGCAAAAGCAACAUAGAUAA